GUUGUGUUUGGGGACGCCAAUGUCGCCGAGUUAACGGCGAGCUCGUUGCGCCCGUCCGGCGUCAUGUCAGUGCACGAAAUCGCCAAGGGCUUGAGAGUUCGGAAGGGUGCUACCGAGAGAAGUAACUCGAUCCCCAUCCCCGUCUUGGAGGUUGCUCGCCCUUUGCCUUCACCCUCUGCCCAGGCGGGCCAAUCAAGUGAGAAGGAAUUGUCAGGCCCCGCAAGUCCCGCGUCGCGCUCCACACACCACUGGCAGAACCGCGGGACUUCAUUGGGGGCCGGAAGCUGAUGAACUGGCGUGCGAUCUUCCGUCCCACGGCGCGCGCAUCCUGUCACCGUCUUUAGGCGUGAGACUUGCCUCAGACUCUCCACAGACACGGUUCGUGUGUUGAAUUGGUUUUUGGGUUUUGACCUUGCCCGAUCGGCCCGAUUUUGGGGACCCCUAUGCCUAUCUUCGGAGGGAUGACAUCACUUAUCCCCUUUUUAAGCGUUGGUUGUAUCGAAGGUGACCUCGAAGAUAUGGACUGGGCGCCUGAGACACGUUUGAGCGAGACAGGAGUCACGCGUCAGCAUUUCUCAACGUCGCCUGAUUCGUCAAUCGGCUUUCAGAUUUGACUUUCCUUUUCGCGCCUUCGGUCCUGGCUCAACUCAAAACAUCCAAGCGCAGAAUUCAC